UGGUGAUGAUGCGCCAAAAGAGUCGAGGCCAUUAAGAAGCCCCAUCCACAGCUAUGCCCUUCCUGCAAGAAAAUCGAUGACAUAGACACUGAGAGAUGGCCACCUAUCCUGAGAGCUACUUGGACAGUACCAUGCUGAACUUCGUCGCAGAUCUCUCUUUGGCCUCUCCGAGACACCCUCUUCUCUGUGACUUCCCACCUGGGGUCCCUUUGGGGGACCAAACACUGGGCUUCAGAGAGAGAAGACCCAGGGGGUUGUCGCAAUUUGAGGAAACAGACCAGGAGGAUGAGGGGAGCGAAGUGAUCUAUGAGGACCGGGAGGAGGAGGAAGAGGAGGGAAUGGGACGCGAGAGAGUAGCAUCCUUGCUGGGCCGCCCCAAAAGGAAAAGGGUCAUCACCUACGCCCAGCGCCAGGCCGCCAACAUUCGCGAGAGGAAGAGGAUGUUCAACCUAAACGAGGCCUUCGAUCGGCUGCGCAGGAAGGUGCCCACCUUUGCUUACGAGAAGAGGCUGUCUAGGAUCGAGACCCUCCGCUUGGCCAUCAUCUACAUUUCCUUCAUGACGGAGCUGCUGCAGAGCAGCGAGAAAAAGGAGACCGGCUAAGUGUGGAGGGGAGGGCCGAAGCCACCCACCCCCACACCGUUGAAGGGGGAGCGUUGGAAAGGCAGAAGGACCCCCGGCCUUCUGAGACUGGGUUUGAGAUGGUAAAAUCCCCACUUGGGCAGCUCUGCAGCCAAUGCCUUGGGGAUCGCGUACAAAAGGGUUUCCUAAGUGUUCAGCUGGGCCUCUUGGGACUCCCGGGGUCAAGGCUCCAGUGGAAGGGGCGGGAAACUGCUGCGCUUCUCCAAGUACCUUU